AAUUGAUCUCCACGACUUUGAACAUUUUAUUGAUUUGACUAAACAUGCUUUGCUAAACUUUUUAUUUUCCAUUUGCACUAACUUUGGACUUCAAAUCUUGUGUUUUUGUUCAUUUGAGCAUUUGUGUUGCCAAAUCCUCUGCCUUGCCGCAUGUUCCGCUGUGUGUGAGGAAACAAACACGUGGUUUGAGAGACUCCAUCCAGCAAGCGUGGAAAUACAUGCUAGCCAUCAGUACAAACCCAGCCAGCUCUAUUCAGAGAGGAGGACAUGGAGUUUGAGGAGUCGGGCAUUGGAGAGGAAUGCGGGGUGUUCGGCUGUGUGGCAGCGGGGGAAUGGCCAACGCAACUGGAGGUCGCGCAGAUUUUGACACUUGGACUUGUUGCUUUACAGCACAGGGGCCAGGAGAGUGCUGGAAUUGUCACGAGUACUGGAGCAAACCCACCAACAUACACCACCCUGAAGGGCAUGGGCUUAGUGAAUACAGCUUUUAAACCAGAGGAUUUGCUGAAACUGCGCAAUGUUAACCUAGGCAUCGGACACACACGUUACUCCACCACGGGCAUCUCAGAGCUGCAGAAUUGCCAGCCUUUUGUGGUAGACACGCUGCAUGGCAAGAUUGCAGUGGCACACAAUGGAGAACUGGUCAAUGCCUCCGCGCUGCGCAAGAAGGUUAUGCGCCAUGGUGUUGGUCUAUCCACCAGCUCAGACAGUGAACUAAUCACCCAGCUCCUUGCUUUGACUCCACCCAUGGAGGAGCUUGACACUCCUGAUUGGGUUGCUCGUAUAAAGAACCUGAUGACAGAGACACCUACUUCAUACUCACUGCUAGUGAUGUAUAAAGAUGUGAUCUAUGCUGUGAGAGACCCCUAUGGAAAUAGGCCUCUUUCUAUUGGACGUCUAGUGCCCAUAUCCAAACUGCACAGCUCAGGUGCUGGAGAAGCAGACACAGAAGGCUGGGUGGUCUCAUCUGAGUCCUGUAGCUUCCAGUCCAUUGGAGCAAAGUAUUAUCGUGAAGUACAGCCUGGAGAGAUUGUCCAGAUCUCUAAAAAUGGAUUAAAGACCUUGAGUGUUGUCCCGCGACCUGAAGGAGACCCUCCUGCUUUCUGUAUAUUUGAGUAUGUCUACUUUGCAAGGCCAGACUCCAUAUUUGAAGGUCAGAUGGUAUAUACAGUGAGGCAGCGCUGUGGACGGGAGUUGGCCAUUGAGGCGCCCACUGAUGCUGAUGUAGUCAGCACUGUUCCAGAAUCAGCCACACCUGCAGCAUUAGGAUACGCACAGCAAUCUGGCCUUCCGUAUGUAGAGGUGCUGUGUAAGAACCGCUACGUAGGCAGAACGUUCAUUCAACCGAACACUCGCCUGCGUCAACUUGGAGUGGCCAAGAAGUUUGGGGCAUUGACUGACAACUUUUCUGGCAAACGAGUGGUGCUUGUCGAUGAUUCCAUUGUGAGGGGCAACACCAUCUCCCCUAUUAUUAAACUGCUGAAGGAAGCAGGCGCAACAGAGGUCCACAUUCGUGUUGCAUCACCUCCAAUCCGGUUCCCAUGCUACAUGGGCAUCAACAUUCCUACCAAAGAGGAGCUAAUUGCUAACAAACCAGAGUUUGAAGACAUAGCAAGUUAUAUUGGUGCUACAAGUGUCCGUUACCUGUCAGUUGAGGGCCUGGUAUCUGCUGUUCAAAGUGGGAUAGAGUCACAUGGGAAAGAUGAGAGGAUCAGCUCAAGCACUAAGACUACUAGAUAUGGCCACUGCACAGCCUGUCUCACAGGAAAAUACCCUGUGGAGCUAGAGUGGUGAAUUUCAGCUCUCUGAACUGUACUUCACAUAAAUGUUGUUGUUUUGUUUUUUUUUGUAUGGAAAAGUGCCGCCUUA